ACCCUCACGAAUCGUAUUUCAACGGAUAACCAGUGGGGUUUCCCAUGUUGGGCAGAUUACUCACUCUACAGAUACACCAACAGUAAAGUCGUUCAGGACGCGUUGCAUAUUCCGGACGGCUGGAGGAAGCAACAAGGAGGGCAAUACAAAUGGAGCGAUUGCAACGAUGCGCUUUACGACCAAUACCAAAUCACAUACAAUACAACAAACGAGUUCUUCCAAUAUGUUGUGCAGAACGUAAGGACGCCAAACUUUCGGUUCUUGAUCUACAAUGGAGACGUAGACACAGCUUGUAAUUACCUCGGAGAUUCGUGGUUCAUAAGAGAUGUAGCAAAGGAAAACAAUUUAACGGUGAGUUUCGAAUCGUGGCUUUCGAAGAACAUGCUGAAGGGACUAUGUCACCUGAAAGAAUACUUUCAGCCGGGAGACCGAAUCCCCUGGUUCUUCAGCGAAAACAACCAACUGGCUGGUUUCGCACAGCGCUACUCAGGUCAAGGAGGCCAAGGAAUCGGCAUAUCCAUCGAUGUCCUAACUGUCAAGGGUGCUGGACAUAUGGUACCAAACGACAAGACGCUGCCCAUCAGUACAAAUGAUCACGAACUUCAUGUUUCCCGGUUCAACCGGAGUCAACUACACUUCCAAGGCUCACACAAAUCCACAGCCCGACGUGAGAACACAUAG